AUGGCAAACGAAAAAGAAGAUACAAUUAUACGUGAUGAGUGUGUGGACAUCUUGUCUGAUGUUCCAUCAGAAUUUCAAGAUUGUGAGGAACUAGAAGACAUUACGUCUUCAGAAAAGGAAAAUGAGGCAAUAUCUUCGGAUGAAUCUAAAAUAGGUAGACAGAGAAUUCGGCAAACACUACCGUUACCAAGUGAUACAGAAGAAUUAGACGAAGAUAACAGUAGACAGUGGUCAGAUUUUGAUUUACCAAGAAACAAUAAUGCUUUCGAAGGAUUUUCUGGUCCUAACGUACUUCCCAAAGAUACAAACAAUAUCGAAGAUGUCAUGGAACUAUUUAUAGGGAACGACUUGUUUGAAUUUAUUAGUACCGAAACGAACAGGAUUGAAGAUUAUUGGUCGACAAAUCCACUUUUGGAAACACGAAUAUUUGGUAAAACGAUGUCCCGCAAUAGAUUUCGGCAAAUAUUAUCGUUUUUAAAUUUCUCGGAUAAUAGUAAAAUACCUGCCAAUGCCGACCGACUGUUCAAAGUACAAGGUAUAAUUAAUUAUUUUACAAAAAAGUUUCAAGAAAACUUCAAUCUUGGUCAAAAUAUUACAAUAGAUGAAGGAAUGAUACCGUGGCGUGGGCGAUUGAAUUUUGAAGUUUAUAACCCCUCAAAAAUUACAAAGUACGAUAUACUUGUCCGGAUGCUGUGUGAUUCCGUUACGGGAUAUAUUUCGCGUUACAAAAUAUAUUCUGGCAUUAAAAAACUUUUAAAGGAUAUAGUGAUAAAACUAUUGAAAAAUGUUACUGGAAAAUGGCAUCACUUGUAUAUGGACAACUACUAUAACAGUGUGGAACUUGCGGAAGAUUUGCUUAUGAAAAAAAUCCAUGUUUGUGGAACGCUACGUAAGAAUAGAGGAUUACGGGCAAAGUUGAAAAAUUGCAAACUAAAUACAUUUGAAACCAAAUAUCAACGAAGAGGAGCAGUACUGGUGCAAGUAUGGAAAGCAACGAAGAUGAAAAUAAUAAGAACAAUUUCUACCAUACACAAUGGCGGUUUAGUUGACACAGCAAAAAAAUGCAGAAAAACCAAUAGUACGAUUAAAAAACUCGCAUCUAUUUUGGAUUAUAAUAAAUAUAUGAAGGGUGUAGAUCGAGUUGAUCAAUUUUUGAGCUAUUAUUCUAUAUACCGGAAAAACAUAAAAUGGUAA